CUUAGUACUCUCCAACGAAAAAAAAAAACAAAUAUUUUUUAUUAUUCCGAAAAGAACUUCCGCGAUUGCGUGUCUACAACAACAAACAUUCAACAUGUCGAAAGUCACUUUUAAAAUAACUCUGACGUCAGAUUCAAAACUACCAUAUAAAGUAUUAUCUGUGCCUGAAGCUGCACCUUUCACAGCAGUUCUAAAAUUUGCAGCUGAAGAGUUUAAAGUACCAGUAGCAACAAGUGCUAUCAUCACCAAUGAUGGAAUUGGAAUCAAUCCAGCACAAAGUGCAGGUAAUGUGUUUCUGAAACAUGGUUCUGAAUUGAGAUUGAUUCCUCGAGAUCGUGUUGGCUUCUGUCAAUGACAUUGCUUCAUUAGGGAAAUUUUACUUUAGUUUCUUUGUCUAGAAGAUGAUUAAAUGUAAUGAGAGAUGUCACUAAUGAAUGUGCAAAGUACUGAGUAUGUUUGUGUAUGGUUUUGACUAAAUUUUUUUUUUAAUUUAAAAAAAAUAACAGUUAAUUUUACAAUCAUAAUGAAUUUAUUUUUAAAAAAAUAUAUAAAAAAUGUAUUAACUAGUCAGUUUAACCAAUUUUUUGUUUUUCAUGUUGAAAAUAUCAAACUAUGGGAAAAAUGAAGGCUGUGGUUGAAUAGAAAGUCAAAAGUUUGUAGAUUUACCUGUAGCAAGAACAUUUUGUUUUGGGAAUAUGUUUCCUCCGAGAUCAAUCUAGUCUAUUUUAUUUGCUCCUUUUCGUUCAGAAAACCUUUUUAAUAUGUUUCAAACUUUGACCUAAUUCAAAUCUAAAACUAACAACAACACAAAAACUAAGACAAAACUAAUGGGUGAGACAUUGUGGUCUGUUGAAGGCUCCUAAAUAAAUGAACAGAAAUCAUUUUAUUUUAUGACUAUUUCCUGUGUACAUAAUCUCCUAUUUCUCGUCUAUUGGUUUGGUUACAUAAUAUUGUCUUAUAAAAUUGCUGUCCUGUUGGGGACAUCAGUUCUGUUGUCUACAUGUGAUGUCAUUUAUUUAUUAAAUGUAAUUGUGAAAUGAUUGACUUGUACAUUUUCUAAUGUUUUAUGGAUUUCUUAAAAAUGUUUUUUAUUGAUACAAAAUUUUUUUUUUUUUUUUUUUUUGUUUGGGCUGAUUUGAUUUUUAAAGGAAAAUUUUAAAAGUAAACUUUUGCAACAAAAAAAAAGAAAAGUUAAUCAAAAAGGUAAAACAUUGUCUCUUCUUUUGAGUAAAAAGAUGGUCAUUUUAAAUUAUAGUAAAUAAUAUAAUAAAUUAUAUAGCUAAAGUUCUUUUUUCUUUCCUAAUUAGUCUGCUAUUAACAAUGUGUUAUCCCACAGAAUCAUUUUGUAAACUAUCUUAAUUCAGUUUAUAUCAAAUGAGUACUUUAAUUAAUCUAUUUUCCACUUGGUCACAUCAGAAAGAUUUGAAAUAUUUUUUAGCCCCUCAGGCCUCAUCAGAGGUUUUGUUUUUAAGUAACAUUUCUCCUCAGUGUUUUAAGUGUUGAAAACUUGUGCGUUCUGAAAGUUAGGAAAUUGAAUCUGUAACCUAUUUAUUUGACUGUUAUUUUGUAAUGUCCUAACAAUU